AUGGUCAGAUCUCGACAGCGAACUACAAACAGAGGCAGCACUUCUUCAGAUAUAAUGCUAGUUGCUGUGAAAGAAGUAUUAGAUGGUAAAAUGAGUCUCCGUGCUAUUAGCCGCAAACAUAACAUUGACCACACGACAUUGAUUAGAUAUUACAAAAAAUACAAUAAUGCACCGAAUUCUGCAUUAUCAACAUUUAGAGUUGGUUAUAGUGUAAAGCAAGUUGGAGCCAUAGUCUUGCAAGAACGAGGUCAAAUGGUUACUUGGCUGUUGCAGUUAAUGCACUGGGGAACAGUUCCAGCUGCAUUUGUGUUCCCAAGAGUUCACUACAAAGAUAAUUUUAUUAGAGGUGGACCACCGGGAUCUCUUGGAUUAGCACAUCCUUCUGGUUGGAUGACAGAAAUUAACUUUCUGUAA